UUCACCAAUCUUUGAAUCUUUCUCUCCCUAGUAUCGCUAGCAUCGCAAAGUUGCUGCACUCCCAUAAUCAUUGUUCUUCAUAUAGUCAUUUCCAAGCUGAAUACUCAAAGGCGAACUGGACGUCGGAGACACAUGGAGUCUAUCCCGACACAACUCACCGAAAGCCAACCCCUUGGUGACGCGCCAGAGUUCCUUCCUGUUCAUGAUAUCGACGGCAUGGAGCCUUAUGCCACUUUCUCCCAGAGAAUACCCCGGGCCAUUUUCCUGGAACGCGAGGACGAUGACCCUGUCCGUAUAAUCCGGGACCACCGUGACGCGCCUUUUAUAGCCUGGAAAAUGGCACAAAUUGUCGUCUCUGUCCUACAGGAUCUCCCGACCACUCUUGAGUCCAAGACAGCACGCGACUGGAUCAUCAAUCAUUUCUAUCUUCGCGAAGAGUCUACCCAGGAUCCCGAUCAUAUCGUUUUACCCACCAACGGGUCCGUGCUCUGCUACCGCCACGAACCCGUCGCAGAAUUCGCGCCCGUCACGCGUCUUGACGCGAUUGGGAAAGCAAACUACGUUGCUCACAAUGAUGCCGGUCACGACUAUGCGAAAAAAGAGGCUGGAUUCGUCAUAGUGGGCUCAAUCAUUCACAACCCGCAAACAUAUUCCAUCCUGGACUUUUCUAGGCACUGCCCGACAUGCAUCAAGAAUGCAAAUGAGAACUAUCAUCCUUCGAUCCGAAAGUCGACAGUUACGGUCCCGGCCAGGACCAGCCGACUAACACAACAACUGCGGAUGUUGGCGGUGGGGAGAGAUGCAUACGAGAACGACGACGCAGAUCACUACAAAGGGAAGGCCGCCUAUCAGGAACUCUCCUUUAUUCCACUCUCCGUCCAGUCUUCGCUCGCGUUUAUCGCUUCUGACGUGGCUUCAGAAACCGCGAUAUCGGAUACUGGGAAUGAUAGCAACUAUUUUGACAUGGCGCCACCACAAAUUCUGGAUGAGGACGACGAUGUGUCAGCCAGUCAGACCAUGUUGGAAAUCGAGAACAGCGUGUAUGAGAGGAGGGACGACGACCCGCCAAGUGACGAGUAGUGCC